GCGGUAAUGACCUCCCCACGACAAUAUGCCUCUCGCCAAGGGCCUCCUCCACCCCUCUCCAGAAGAGGAGAAGAGGAAGCACAAGAAGAAGCACCUGGCGCAGAGCCCCAAUUCCUACUUCAUGGAUGUGAAAUGCCCAGGACGCUAUGAAAUCACCACCGUCUUUAGCCAUGCACAAAUGGUAGUUUUGUGCGUUGGUUGCUCCACUGUUCUCUGUCAGCCAACAGGAAGAAAAGCAAGGCUUACAGAAGGAUGCGCCUUCAGAAGGAAGCAGCACUAAUAGCACCUGAAAUCAAAAUGAGUGGGAAACCAUCCCAAUAAACACAUUUUGGAUAAAAAAAUUAAAAAAGAA